GCAGUUUGCUUGUAUUUUCUAACAAUGUCUACCUUUAGCCAUGUGACAAAUAAUGUGAAGCAGGUAAGUGACAUCCAACCAGCAGUGAACAGCUAACUAUCAGGUGUAAACUCAUUCUGUGUUUACUGUCAUCAGAGCACAGAAAGGGUGAAAACUUUCUGUGGCUGCUUUCAGGAAGUAACAGCAUACAUAAGAGGUGGAAGUGAAACUAAGCGUUUAUUUCUGUAUCUGCUCUAUCACUGUACAGAAAUGGAAAAGUUUCAGACAAUUCUUAAGAUUGCCACCAAACAAAGCAACUUUGGAUUUGGAUUGGUUGCUCUGAUUACGGCAGGUGGAGAGCAGAUCUUCUCGUCGGUAGCCUUCAAAUGUCCCUGCAAUGAGCUGAGUUUCAUCUAUGGCUUAGUCUUUCUCGUGGUGCCAGCCCUGGCUUUGCUCCUGUUUGGCUUCAUUCUCAGUAAGAAGACUUGGAAACUGACAACAGGGCUAUGUCAUCGGAAGACAAAGCUUUGUAAAUGGAGGAACCUGAAGAGCAUGGGAUUGAGUGUUUUUCAAAUCAGUGCUUGCGCUCUGGUAGCACCGACUAGUUGGACUGCUGUGGCUCUGCUCCAUGGCAGCUAUUACGAGUGUGCAAUGACGGGGGCCAACUUUAGCAGUUACAGACAGGAUUUGUGCAGAGGGGUGAACUCUGAAGUCAAGUGCCAGACAGAGCUGCAAAAGUUUCCUUGUGAAAAGGCUGGAAAUGGGAGAGAGGAAGUUCUGCGAAACCUCAGAGCUCAGUCUCAGAUUCUGGGCUGGCUGCUCAUCGCCUCCAUCAUGAUAUCCAACCUGCUGCUGAUUUGCGUGGCUCGCUGCACCUCCCCGAUCAGUUACCUGCAGCUAAAGUUUUGGAGGGAGUAUGCUGAGGAGGAGAAUGACCUCAUGAAUGCCUACACAAAUAAACAUGCCAAAGAACUUGCAGAGAGAAACCUAAAGAGCUUCUUUAACCAGACAACGCCGGCAAACGUGGUCACUCCCUGCAAUCAGGAUUGGGAGAAGAUUUCCUCCCUCUAUAAGUUCAGCACCAAAGACCACUACUACAGCACUUUACAUAAAUACGUGGAAAACAAGCAUGAGGCUGAAAGCUGCAUUAGGAUGGUUUCAAUUAGAUCAAAUGAGUCUGCAGACAACCCUCCAGUUCUAGACUUUGUGGAUGGGGGAACAGUGUCUCUGUGAGGAUGAAGCGGCUGAACUGAAGGACUUUGGAUUUCAGGUAACUUGCUUUAGAUAAAGCAAACUAGCUGAGAAGCCCCUCCUUUCAUUUACAUUUGUAAUGCUAAUAUUUUUAUUUUUUUAUUGUUUCUCACUAGGCUUGCCUUGUGUUCUGAUGUUAUUCCAAAAAUUACAAAAUCUCAGCUCUUCAUUAUAAGACAAAGACUUGAUGAAUUAUGCUCUACUAAAGCAGUAACAGGGGGACACUGAUCCUGCACUUGAAUACAUGUUAUUAUUGUCACCAUCAUAUAUUGAAGAAGGAUCCACAGAAGCAGAGGAAGCUGGAAAACCUUCUGUCCGAGCUCUGUAGGAGCCCAAACCACCUUUCUGGUUCCGCACAGUGGCAUGAAAGCAUGAAACUAAUGUAGCAUCACAGGGAUGUGCUAGGAAAUCUCCAGUCUGUGGUGAAGGGAUUGAUGUGGCUGGGCUCAGUGUUUGCAGAGAGGAGAAUGUAAGAAUGCCAGUUAUGGUAGUAAUCAUUUCUGUCCUCAGGUUUAGUUCAACACACACACUAGCUAACUAACCAACCUUCAUUUUCCUUUAUUUUUGAACAGUAUAUAAAAUAUGUAAUUUUUCAUCAUAAUAUAUUGUCACCUUGUGAUUGGAAUAAUCAAUCAUUCAACACAUUUGUCAGUCUAAACUACCUUAACUGUAUGAUGUUUAAUACAUCAAAACAAAGAUUACAUAUGCUGUACAUAAAACAAACACGUCUUUAGAGUUUAGAUAUCAUGUAGCCCUCAUAGCAACAAGAGUUAGCUGUGUCUGCAGCAAUCUUGACCCAUUGUUGGAUUUGUCUGUCUUUGGCUUUUUUUAAUCCCAAUUUUUUGACUAAAGAUGUAGAUGAAGUGAUUUUCUCAAAGCAGUCUUUUGCUGCUCAUUAAUUGUAGAUGGAAACAUAGUGGUUCCUGUAAGGGAUUAAACAAAGCUGAAAGUGCACAGACCCAAUUUAAACAACAUGAUUCAACAAAAAAGACUCCUAGUGUUUCAACAGUUAAUAAGAUCUAAAAAUAAUUACUUACACUUACAUUUCAAAAGGUUGAUAUAUUAUAAUUGUCUUCUUAUCUGAGCCCUAAGUGUUGUGUUUGUGGCCUUUUUGGUGCUGCAAUAAAAGACAUCAGGCGGACUUGGAUCUCAACGUCGAUUUAUUUAGCUUCCAUUCAUUCAGCGUCAUCUCUUCUUCUGCUGCAGUAUUACAGCACAGUCCCAGACAACCAAGCACCCCCUUGUGGUCGCCAACAUAAUUACAGUUGUAACAUAUAACACUAAGAACAAACAUUUGUGAAAGGGGAAAGCUGAGAAAGAAAAUAUAUAUAUGUUUUUAAAAGUGUUCAUUGUGUUCACCUUUAAACCUAAAUUGAAAACUUUUCGUGUUUUUGUUGCAGAUCCAGAAGUCUUGGAAUCCUUAAGAAUGAUGCCCAUGGGUUGGCAUGGAUCAGUCGAGUUAGGCGGAAGUAGCUGCUUUAGUAAGAAGAAAAUUGGCUUCAGAUCAACUCUGAUUAGUGGUGAUUAAUGCUUUUUAGUUACUGAAGUUUUUUCUGUUUAUUAUUUUUUUUCUUUUAUUUCAUAAAUGUUAUAUUCAAUCUGAUUCUGAAGGAGGUUUUAUUUUGUAAAAUUAGUGGAUUCUCUCGUAUGUAUAUGUAUGAAUGAAUGAUCUGGUUCCAAUAUUUGUCAUGAUAAAAACUGUAUACUUAAUGGCUGUGUAUUUUCUGAUUAAAUAAGUAACCAUGCAUCUCUUUAAAUAAAACAAAAGUGUUAGUCAGUCAAGCAUACAGAUUAGUGUGGUGGUGUUCAAAUCCUGCCAUUGUAAACAACAGACUGUAUGCAUGUAUAUGUGAAUGAAUGACCUGGUUCCAUUACUGGUCAUAACCAACAGCACAUACUUAAAUCCUGUGUUUUUCUGAAAUAUUUAAACAAGUAACUAUCUCUUUAAACAAAACAAACAGUUACACACUUGAAAGUUUGUUGUACUAAAGUUGAAAGUUUCUUGCACGCCGUCUGCCUUUUUCCAGAUUAAAUCCUGCCUCAUCAAGACAUAUGAAGGUGUGCUGUGGUUC